AUGGGACAAGUUCCAAGUAAGAAAGGAAUGAACAAAAUAUAUGUAGGACCGAAAAGAAAACGACAACACAUUGCAGAGGCAGUAAGAAAUGCACAACCCAAUUCAUAUAUAUUUGUGGAGAGUGGGAAAUAUGAAGAAAGUGAGCCUAUAGUUAUAGACAAGUCAGUAAUUAUUAUUGGAUUAGUAGAAGAAGGGGGGUCUAAUGUAGUAGUUAAAACGGAUUCAUCGGCAUGUGUAUUAAUGUCAACAGCGGAAAAAGUAGUGAUAGAAAAUAUUGAUUUUACGACAUCAGCUAGUAUGAAACCAGUUAUUGACGUACAACAAGGAGAAAUAAUAUUAGAAGGAUGUGGGAUUUGUAAUGGAGAAGAAGGAAUAAUUAUGUCACCACAUAGUUCAUCAAUAACUAUGAUCAAAUGUAAUAUUACACAAUGUAGCAAAGUUGGGAUUGCAUGUAAUGGAGAAGAAACAAGUAUAUUAAUAGAUAAAAGUACAUUUAGAGAUUGUGGAACAGGAAUUUCUAUUUCACAAGGAUCUAAUCCAUUAAUAAGUGAAAGUUUAAUUUCACAAUGUGGAACAGGAAUAUAUGUUACAGAAAAUGGAAGAGGAUGUAUUAUAGAUUGUACAAUAUCAUUAAAUAAGAAACCAGGAAUAUUAACACAUAGUGGAGGGAAUCCAGUAAUAAUAAAUACAAAAGUUAUAGAUGGAACAUCAAAUGGAUUAUUUGUUAAAAAUAAAGGAAAAGGAGUAAUGAUAGAUUGUGAGAUUUCUAAAAAUUAUCUUCCAGGGAUUGCAUCAUGUGAAGAAGGAAAUCCAUGUAUUGUUCAUAGUAAUAUUAAAGAAGGAAAAAAUGCAGGAGUGUUUGUAUAUGAAAAUGGAAAAGGAUUAUUUGCAUCAUGUACAAUGAAAGAAAAUACAAUGCCAGGAAUUGAAGUAAGAGGAAGUGGAAAUCCAAUUGUUGUAGAUUCAGAUAUUUCAAGAGGACAAUCAAAUGGAAUAUAUUUACAUAAUAAAGCAGAUGGAAUAUUUGUAAGAACAUCGGUUACAGAAAAUGCAUUACCAGGAAUGGCAAUUAGAACAGGAGCAAAUCCACUUGUAUAUGAUUGUAAUCUUGUUGCAGGAAAAGAUUAUGCAUUAUUUGUAAGUGAUAAAGGACAAGGAGUUAUUGUAAAUUCUACAAUUGAAGGAUGUUCAGCACAACCAGUAGGAACACAAGAAGGAAAUUGUACAAUUCAUGGAGGAAAAAUAAUUGAUGGAAAAAAGAAUAAUGUUCAAGAAUGGUUAGAAAAAAUACCAGAAGGACUUGGUUUGUUAGCAGAAGAUAUUCCAGAUUUUAAUCUUGUUCAAUAA